UGCGAUUGAUUUUUGUCUUGAUAUCAAAUUUUCGCAAUUUCGUCAGUUUCAACGUCGGAUAAAAUUUUAAAAAUCUGCAAAAGAAAUUGCACGUAUAAAUAUGCCACAAGAACAGAAGGUUUUGAAGCUACACGAUGUCUGGCGUACUUGCAAUAAAAUACGAGCCGCCGUAUUUCGCGUAGGACUCGAUCUUUGGGGCUAUUACAAGCCUCUGGAUCCCGAGGGACAUUGUUUAAUAUCAGAGGCCAAAUUUAUCUCCGUUUUGGCCGGACCAUUGAAAGGCGUGAUUGGCUUAUCGGAUAAAGAAAUCUGUGAUUUAGCGGAUUAUUUUCGAAUUCAGGACGGUCGGAUUCUAUAUUCGCAAUUUUGUGAAGUUAUACACGACAGUGGCCCUGAUUUUGAAAAAAACAAGCCUCUGGUAACCGGUUUGGAAUGGGAAGAUCCGCUGCAUGUAAAUGCCUUAAGUGACACGGAAAUGCGAAAAUUUAAUUUAAUAAUCACUCAAAUUGCCAUGUUGGUGAACAAAAAGAAAAUUUUACUUUGGCCAUAUUUUCAGGAUUACGAAUUAAUUGCGAAGAAUGUCGGUACAGUUACUCUUACCCAUUUCGGUAGGAUUUUAAAAUUUCUGGGCAUCGUUCUUGGUGCGGAAGAGUUUCGUUUGCUUGUAAAAAGAUUUGCCAAAGAUGUCUACACUGUAAAUUACGUAGCAUUUCUGAAAGCUAUCGACGAAAUCCAACGCUAUUUAGAUGAACAUGGAAUAGUGGAUCUCAACGGAAAGUUGCCCGAACAAUUUCCCGAUCGAAUAAUUACAACCGAGUUACCGAAACUUCUACGACCGGAAAUUGGUAAGAUAGCGUCAAGUCAAGUGUUCGGUAAGCAAACGAUAUUUCAUUCGGUAAUGGAACCGACGAGAGAGACGAUGCCUACGCCAGAAGUCAUUAAACGCAUCCAGAGACACAUUCUCGAGCGUCGCAUACGGAUUCACGAGUUCUUCAAGGGUUUCGAAUAUCUGAACGACGGUCGAGUGACCGUCUCGCAAUUUCGAAGAGCAUUGGAUGCACUUCAGAUAUCUUCUUUGGGCCGUUUAUGGCUGCUCGAGCCAGAAAUUGAUGCUCUGAUAGCGUUCUAUAAGGAUCCGGAUGAUUCCGAUCGCGUGUGUUGGCAAACGUUUCAGGAUGAUAUAGAUCAAGUUUUUACCGUGAAGGGACUUGAUAAAUUGCCAAAUCUGAAAGUGGAAUCACCUCCUCAAGAAAUAGCUGUUUUACCUCGAAAAGGCACCUUGAACUGGCAAUGUCAAUCAAAAAGUAUAAGAGAUCUUUGUGAGGAUAUCUUGCUGAGGGUAAAGCAGCGCGUACAAGAAAGAAGAAUUCUUUUGAAGCCAUUUUUUAAGGAUUAUGACAAACAUAAUUACGGUCAUGUGACGCGAUCUCAAUUAAGACAAGUUCUCCUUACGGCGACUAUAUUGUUAUCUUCGGAGGAAAUAUUCGCUCUAGAACAAAGAUAUAACGACGAUUUGGGUUUUAAUUAUACUAAAUUUUUGGAGGAACUGGAACUCCAACCAAUCGUGGAACCUUUGUAUAAAUGUAUGUUGGAGGAUAAAAGAAAGAUUAAUGCCGAAAAGCUACCAUCUGAACCUCACGAAGACGAGACUAACAUCGUAUUGAUUUUGGCAAAAAUUAAGGCUAAAGUUGUGCGCGAAAAAAUCAAAGUUCUCGAAUUUAUGCGUCAAUUCGAUAGACACAAUCAGCUUAUUAUUGCAAAAUCUGAUUUUAUUAGAAGUCUGGAUCAGUUGCGUUGUGGUUUAACAACUGCUGAAAUAGACACGAUUACAAAAGCUUUUCAAGCUCCUCUAAAAGACGACUUCAUUGAAUAUGUGAAGUUUGCAACAAUUGUGGAAGAAGCCGUUACGACAGGAGGUUUGGAAAAAGUUCCGCUUUUGGUUCCCUUCCAACAUGUGCCCUCUGAGGCAAACAGCCGGACCUUUCUGAAUUUUGAUGAACGGCAGAUGGUAGCAAUCGCGAUGGAUAAACUAUGCCAAGUGCGAAGUCCGAAUCUAGAAGAGAUCUUCCAAGAUUAUGAUAAGGAAAACAUUGGCACUAUUUCCAAGGAACAAUUGAUGAAAGCAUUGUCGGUUAGACGAAUGUUAGAGCUUCUCAUUAGCAAAGAAUUAGACGCCGUACAUAAGUGUUUCUCCAUCGAAAGAAACGGCCGCCUGGAAUUCGAUUAUCGAGCUUUCCUGCGUGCUUUGUAUUUGUUACAAGAGAACAAAAAGAUCAUGCCCUUUUAG